AUGCAAAAAGUAGCUGCAAGGACGAAAGCAAACAGUUCUCAUGUCAAGAAUGGAUAUAAAUUGCAAUUGGAAAGACUCUGCUCAGAUACAGAAAAAAUCCUUUCAAGCGCCGGGGACAAGCUGCGGGCUGUUCUUCAGGGUAUUAUUUUGCUGCCCCUCCGUGCCAUAUGCAUUGUGUUCAUUUUACUGCUAGCAUGGCUGUGUUCAUUGAUUGCAACGUUCCAUCACCCCAGGAGAGGAUCAGUGCCACUGAAAGGUUGGAGAAGGAGGAUGAUCCAGACAACCCUCUCUUGCCUAACUCAUACCGUGUUCUUCAUAAUGGGUUUCCAAGUUAAAGUAAAAGGGAAAGUGGCAAGUCUACUGGAAGCCCCAAUCUUUGUUGCAGCUCCUCAUUCAAGCUUUUUUGAUGCCAUUAUUUGUGCGCUGACUGGAAUGCCAUCGAUAGUGACUAGAGCAGAGAACCUCUCAACUCCAGUAUUUGGCACAAUUUUGAGUUCCCUUCAGCCUGUAGCAGUUUCUCGUCAAGACCCUGAUUCACGAAAGAACACAGUCGCCGAGAUCACUAAGCGGGCAUUAUCAAGAGGCCAGUGGCCACAGAUACUGAUUUUCCCAGAGGGCACCUGCACAAACCGAUCUUGCCUGAUCACAUUUAAACAAGGUGCCUUCAUUCCACGAGUCCCUGUACAACCUGUGCUGCUGCGAUACCCCAACAAGCUGGACACUGUGACCUGGACAUGGCAGGGCUAUUCACUAAAAGAGCUGUGUGUAAUGACGCUGUGUCAGCUCUUCACAAGAGUCGAAGUUGAGUUUCUGCCUGUUCAUGUUCCUACUGAGGAAGAAAAGAACGAUCCCAUUCUUUUUGCCAACAGAGUCCGACAAACCAUGGCAACUGCCCUGAAUGUGCCAGUCACUGAUCACACUUUUGAAGAUUGCAGACUAAUGAUUUCAGCAGGACAGCUGACUUUACCCAUGGAAGCUGGGCUAGUGGAGUUCACCAAAAUUAGCAAGAAACUCAACCUAAAAUGGAAUCAUGUCAGAGAGCAGUUGGAUACCUUUGCUGCUAUUGCAAGUGCUUCCAAAGGAGGAAGAAUUGGAAUUGAGGAGUUUGCAGAGUACUUGAAGCUGCCUAUUUCGGAUGUCCUUAAAGAGCUGUUUCUACUCUUUGACAGGAAUGGAGAUGGCACCAUUGACUUCAGAGAAUAUGUAAUUGGUUUGUCUAUUCUCUGUAACCCAGCCAACACAGAAGAGACUAUUCGGAUGGCAUUUAAGCUCUUUGACAUGGAUGAGGAUGGCACUAUAAAAGAAGAUGAGUUUGCUUCUAUCAUUCAGUCAGCUCUGGGAGUGCCCGAGCUUGAUGUUUCCAUGCUCUUUAAAGAAAUAGAUGCAGAUGAAACUGGGAAGCUGUCCUAUGAUGAGUUCAAGGACUUUGCACUGAAGCAUCCAGAAUAUGCCAAGUUGUUUACUACAUACCUAGAGCUACAGAGAUACCAGUCAGAUAUGUUGGAGGAGGAUGACAUUGAGCCACCUGAAGUCAAACACAGUCUGACUAGAAAGGGUGUGACCCCAGUCUCAGAAACAACACCACUUACAAGAAAUAAAGUCUGUCCUGAAGGCAAUGAAGAGGAUAACUCAAGCACCUCUGACAAAAAGGAUGACUGA